AUGGCGCUCCCUAUGAGUACCAUGCACGAGCACCUACAGGCAGUGAUUCUAAAACCCAUCAUGAAGAGCAUAGGCGGUCUUCAGCGGAGUGUUCACGAACUCAAGAAAGAGAAGGCUAAGAACGAAGAGAAGGAGAAGCAUCUCCAGAAGAACCUGGACGACCUUUUUGACCAACUGGCGUCCAUGGUUCAGAAUGUGCUUGACCUCUAG